AUGCCUGGCAAGACUACAGAUGGUGCCGCCGGUGGAAUUUGCAGAAGGUGCAAGGAGAAUGUUUCUGUCCUUGUGGUACGCCUGGAGCCACUUUGCCAAGAAUGCUUCGCCCGCUACGUACACACAAAGGCUAUCAAACGACUAGAGACCUUCCGUGUUGACUUCCACACUAAUGAAGAGCGAAAAGUGCUGCUCCCUUUAUCUUUUGGGGUCUCGUCAACUACUCUGCUCCACAUCCUGGAUCUGCAUCUGAAGACCCAGAUGAGCAAGACCGGUCGCACAGGCUUCGCUCUCAGUAUGGUCGCCAUCAGAAAUGCCGAACAAAGUCCACAUACAGAGGACCUGCUCGAGGAAGUUCGCAAUCAGUACCCAGGUCACGAGUAUGCAUCAUUGCCACUGCAUGAUGUAUUCCGUGUGAUUCCAGACGAUGCAGCUCUGCGAGACCUGAUUCCCGAAUAUACAAAAGGAGAACCCCCCAAGGACCAAGAGCAAUUGGCUCGCCUGAUCAACUCGCUCACCUCUGCAACAGCUCGCGCAGACGUUCUGUCGACGCUGAGGGCCAGACUCAUAGUGGAGCACGCAAAGUCAACAGGGUGCCAAAGCAUUCUAUGGGGUGACAGUACCACCACACUUGCCGAGAAGACACUCGCCGAGACCUGCAAAGGUCGAGGAUUCUCAUUGCCAUGGCAGGUAGCUGACGGGAAAUCGCCCUUUGGCGUCUACUUCCACUACCCUCUUCGCGAUGUCCUCAAGAAAGAGCUAGUGUCAUACAUAGGCUUCGCCGAAUCUGGACUGUCAUCACUGGUUCAUGAGCCAUUUUCUGGCGCAACACAGGCAUCCACUAGUUCGAAGAACACAACAAUCGACGAUCUUAUGAAGCAGUACUUCGAGUCUGUGGAGGAGAACUUUCCGAGUAUCGUUUCGAACGUGGUUCGUACCUCAAGUAAGCUUGAGGUACCCGCAGGCGCGGAGUCCGAUCCACGAUGCGGACUGUGCGACAUGCCCGUACCUGGCGGCCGGUUUGGCAUCCAUGGCUGGGGUGGUUAUCAACAAGACGGUAUCGAAACUGCUGCAGUGGUUGGUAAGAACGUGUGCUAUGGCUGCACUCGAUCGUUGCCUCCGUCGGCCACAACCACGACUCGCAUUUAA